GAUUGUGGUAUCAUGAAGGACGUUCUUCAUCAAGAAUGACUCAAAAUAUGGAUUAAAUCGGCUUUAAUACACACAAAGGGGUUUAGCCAAGCUCAAGAUGAGUGAUAUUACGCCCGAUAUGGUGCAUAGCUUCUUCAACUUGAGCAAACCUGUUGCCACAAAGACGAAAAUAGUCAAAGUUAGGGGGCCUCCUCCUGCCCCUGACACUUCUUACAAUCCCGAGUUCAAAUUGAUAAAGAAGAAGAAAAAUAUUUACGGUGAUGAUGAUUCAACAAUGUGGCCUACUGGAACAGAGGAGGACUUUCUCAAUGGAGACGACAUAAGCCGUCUUGACUUGAACCCCCCUGAUGUGCCUCCUAGUGAUCCAGAUGAACCUGUCCCAGCAGCACUYAAGGGGGAAGAGGAGGCACAUAUCUAUGAAAAUUACUCCUUUAAUCAUGAAUACUCGCCUGAUCUYCCCAUCACUCAUUACCAACAAGACAUAGUGAAUACCAUUGAGAGUAACUCAGUUUGUGUGAUUCAUGGUCCAACUGGUAGCGGCAAGACCACGCAAGUACCACAGUACAUCAUAGACCAUUAUGCUAAAGACAAAAGAUAUUGUAACAUCAUUGUAACACAGCCACGCCGUAUUGCUGCCACAAGUAUUGCUAAAAGAGUUUGCCAGGAAAGAAACUGUACUCCAGGAAGUCUAGUUGGGUAUCAGGUUGCUCGUGAUAGGUGUAUAAGUGAAGAUACAAGAAUCACUUAUGUCACUACUGGUGUGUUGCUACAGAAGCUUAUUGCCACUAAAAACCUGAAUCAAUUUACACAUGUUGUUAUUGAUGAGGUCCAUGAAAGAGACCAGGAUACUGACUUCUGCUUGUUAGUUGUCCGCAAGCUCCUGCGAUCCAAUUCAAGACAUGUUAAGGUUGUACUAAUGUCUGCUACACUGCAAAGUAAUCUGUUCUCAAGAUACUUCUCCGUUCCUGUACAAGGAAUAUUACAAGGUGCACCAGUCGUUCCAUUAGAAGGAAAAAUAUUCCCUGUUAAAGAGGUGUAUUUGGAUCAUUUGACAGCGCUUGGUCAGCUGCCAAAUGUGUCGCUUGAAGAUCCAGGCAUUUCAUCAGAAGCCAAUGAAUUAGCUGCAAGAUUGAUAGCAUCAUUAGAUUCACUAGAGAAACACCAAGCCAGAAUGGGACCCAAUAGUGAAAACCUCGGAGUUGAAAGGGGCACAGUCCUUAUGUUUCUUCCUGGCUUGCCUGAAAUUAAAAGGAUGCAUCAGUUUCUGGAGGAGUUGUGUCCUAACUCUAAUCUUUGGCUUUUACCACUGCACUCUCAAAUCACUAUUGAAGAACAGUCCAAAGUGUUUGUUAAACCAAAAGCUGGAGUGAGAAAGAUAAUACUGUCCACAAACAUUGCUGAGAGUUCUAUCACUGUUCCAGAUAUCAAAUAUGUGGUUGACUUUUGUCUGACAAAGUGUUUGAUAUGUGACCCAAACACUAAUUAUCAAGCUCUUCAAGUUCAGUGGUCAUCAAAAUCAAGUUGUAUUCAAAGAAAAGGUCGUGCUGGUCGAGUGUCUUCUGGUAUCUGCUAUAGGAUGGUUACUGAGGAGUUCUACAACAGCUGUUUCACAGAAUUUGGAGUUCCUGAGAUGCAAAGAUGUCCUUUGGARCAGGUUGUCCUUCAAGUCAAACUAUUAGACCUGGGUGAACCAAGAGCUAUUCUAAGACUUGCUCUCCAGCCACCUGACCUUGAUGACAUAGAAAGAACAGUUUUAUUACUGAAACAGGUUGGUGCAUUGACAACAAAGAUGAAGGGAAAAGUGAUGAACCCUCACGAUGGYGAYCUUACRUUUGUGGGUAAAGUGCUUGGCAAUCUUCCUGUUGAUGUCAAGAUUGGUAAACUUCUAGUUCUAGGCUAUGUGUUUGGCUGUCUAGAAGAAUGUAUUGUUAUAGGAGCCUCAUUGUCUCUCAAGACAUUCUUCUCYAGGAAAUUCAAAGAAGAACUUAAAACCUACAGGAACAAGAUGAGAUGGGAUGGUUCARCAUUUAGUGAUUGCAUCUGCUCUUUGAGGGCUUAUACUGAAUGGGUGGCUCACAAAGAGAUGAAUUUGUUCAGGAGUGGCCCCAAUGGAGAAUUAUCUUGGUGCAAAGACAAGGGUAUUCAGAUGGGAAGAAUACGAGAGGUCCAUGAGCUGGCUAAAGAGCUGACAGAAAGACUAAGACACCUCAAUGUUAGAACUGAAUGUGAAAUUCACAGAAAGAAGAUGGACACGCCAGAAGAUCAACUUAUCCUUAAGCUUGUGAUUGCUGGAGCUUUUUACCCUAAUUACUUYCUGUCUGGAGAUAUUGAUGAGGCUGAGGCUACCAAGACUAUGUCUGGUCAUGAUCCUUUCUCUACUGUUAUGGUACGAGGUAUGCCACAGUAUGGAGCACAGUACAAAGCUGCCAUUGCAAGACUAUUCCGUGACUGUGGGAAGGGGAAGUAUUUGUUCUUUGAAGACACCAGGGCUUAUAUUGAGUUUGAUAAGACAUCACAGACAGGCAGUAGCACUACAAUUCUACCUGCAGUAUAUUUGGCCAUCAAAAUGAGAUCAUUGAGAAUGCCUCUUAACAUCUACAUUUCGGAAAGGAAUAAUAAACAAAUUGAAUCACAAAUAAACAGCUUACGACCAGUGGGCUCUACAAAACUACGAACCAGCAGAGUUGCUGCUUCACUGUCUCCUGGAUCACAAAGAAUUUCCUUUGACGAGAUUGACCAACCAAGAUAUGUAACUGUCCCACGUAAAGGAUACCUUGAAGUUGUGAUAACAUGGGUUGUAGAUGCUGGUCAUUUCUGGGCAGCCAAUGCUGAACAAGAAUCUUCAAGAAGCUUUGGACAGUUGGAAUAUGAUAUAGGAAUUUAUCAAUAUCACGAGGCUUUUGACUGGCCAUCACUGCGCGUUGGCAGCUUAUGUUUAGUCCCUUAUGGUGAGAAYGUCGCUCUGUAUAGAGCUAGGGUGAUCAGAAUCAACGAUGGACAAGCAAGACUCAGAAAUUCACAUCGCCUUCCAAGAUCAAUAACGGUGAUAUUUCCAGACUAUGGUAACAUUUUGGAGAUAUUCGGUGAUGGCCUUUUGGAAAUACGGAAAAUGAAACCAGACUUCCUUCGUAUUCCAUUCCARGCAUUUGAAUGUGAGCUGUGUGAGAUUCAGCCAUCAAUCUCAUGUGCAAGUAGCCAUGGCAUGUGGUCUGUCCAAGCGAACGAGAGAUUUGUUGAAUUAACCGAAAAUAAAAAGCUUGUUGCCAAGAUCUAUUCUCGCUUACAUGGGAUUCUAAGAGUCGACCUUUAUGACACAAUGACAGAAGAAGACAUCCAUAUUAAUGAGGUUCUGAUUGACGAGGGUUAUGCACAGUUUAUGGAGGAAUCGUACCCAUCAAAGAUGGCUCAUCAACAAGCCGAGGCAUUACCCGCAGAUGGUGGCGAUGAAGAGGAAAAUAUCAACUGGUUUGAGGACCAAGACCUUGGACCCAACACUACCCCAGAUAAAUUCUUAACAAGGGUGUCAUUACGAGGUCCUUACAGCCCCAUCGAGAUGACGUUCUACAGUAUUACCAGUAUUGGACGGCUGAAGCCAGCCAGCAUUGAGGUGGACUCGGUAAACAGUGUCGCGCUCAACGACCAGCUUCAGGAUACUCAUCCACGGCUUCUUGUUGCUGCUAACAUUGGGAUUAACUCCAGUGGAAACUCCGUUAUUGCAAGGGAYACAACUCUUAUGCCCACCAUACAUGGUCUGCUACCGAUYCUCGCUUUGAUCUUUGCUCCUUGUGCAGAAAUGAGGACUGAUCCGCAGAACCAGUAUUACACAGGGGCGUUGGUAGGACUGGGGUACGAUGAGAAAUCUAGGCAGCCUCUACUACCUGACCAUGACAUUGAGCUCACUUUUGACGUGAAUAUCGAUCAAGAUGACUUGGUUAAGAUCAACUCGUUACGAACGGGCAUCAACCUGGCUUUUGACAGCGAAGGUGAAGCUGCUGAAUGGGGAACUAAAGCUAUCAACACAAUACAACAGAAUUGCAGGAAAAAGAUUCUUGGCUUGAUUUUAAAACGACGGGAAGAGAAAAAAGCGAUAACAUUCCGCAAACAACUACAGUGGAAUCAGGUUAAUCCUCGAGAUAUCAUGCCACCUGAGAAAAGACGCGAAGGAGACCAACCCCCCCUGUAUCAGCUACAUAACGGCAUUGUGACUUUCGGAACGACACAAGACGAUACCCCUGCCAUGAUACUAGAAAAACGCGAGAAAAACCAGAAACUACGAGACCUUGCAGGAAGAAAUGAGGGAAUGUAGAAGAUGAAAAUGUAUAUUAUGUAUAAUAACUAAGGCUAAAUAGAAGGUAGGAAGUGAAGAUGAGAAAUUCAAAAAUAGAAAGAAUUCAGAGCAUUUUUAAUAUAAACAUAAACUUAAUCAGUCCAAAGCAUUGAAAUUAUCAUCSGGAUUUAGCCGUGCUUACAAUCAAAUUAUCUAUUAUAUUUUAUUUGCAUAUAUUGAGAAAGUCAGGAUUUUUCACCGAAAAAAAUAUCAAGAAAUAUUGGUGCUGAAUUAGUGAUUGUUUAGUAUUUGUUGCCGUUACAAUAAAUAUGUAUUCUUUAGAUAAUUCGGAAAAAUUGCGUGAAUUAAUUGAUAUAUCCGCAAGUAUUUCCGUACGUUAUUCUUGCGUUUUGCGAGGUAUCCUUAUACGUAACCGUAAAAGAUCUAACGUGUGCUUUUACGUAACUAUGGCUCACGCGUGAGAAUUAGAGAUUGUUUUAAAAGUAUUUGUUGCCGUUGAAAUAAAUAUAUAUUCUUUAGAUAAUUCUUG